UUAUUUUCAUUAGCUUAACACAAAUAAAGUUUUUCUUGUCAAAAAUUGUAUUUUUUAUAUGAAAUAACAUUUUUUUUUCGGAAAAACAACAUAAAAUUCAAAAUGGAAUCGAGAUGUUUUAUGUUCGAUUUGGUAAUUUUAAAUCUUUCGAUUAAUGAUUUCGAACCCGAAAACAAUACCCUAACCAUUGAAGUGAACUUCAAUAACAAUACAUUUACUAUUGAAUCUAAUCCGGACAAAAUUGGUGAAUUCAAACAAGGACGAACUUGUGAAUUUCGAGCUUAUCCCGAUGACUUGAGUAUUGAUUUAUUGGAUUGUCCAUUGAAAUUAAAAAUUUUAGCUGAUGAAAACGAAAUUAAAGGUGAAGUUGAUUUUAACUGGCCUGAGGAAAUGUUAGAAAUGCUUGAAAACCCAAAUUUCAAUCAUUACAAUCAUUUCGAUGAAUGUGAUCUUUUGCUAAAUCGUGUUGUUGUUGGAAAAAUUGCGUUUCAAUAUCGAUUGAGAUGCAAAUGUGAGCUUUCUGAAUCUGAAAAAGAUUGCGAGGAGGAGGAGGAAGUAGAAUGUGGUAAAGUUAAGAAACGCAGUGACAUUAAAAAUGAACUCAAGAGAAUUGUCGAUCCAAAUGAAUUAUUCUUCCUAAUACAAAGUGAUUCGGAUAUUUGUGAUGCGUUAUAUGAUUGCCCUGACAAAUAUGAAGAAAAGUGCCCAACUGCUUUAGAUCUUUCGAAAUUUCGAAAUUUUCACGGAAAGGUCGUUAAAGAUGCGGCAGAGGUUGAUAAAGUCUAUACACUGGAUUGUUGUCAUAAUAAGAAAUAUUCAUUUGGUAAAUGUAAGCCACCGUGUGCAUGUAUAAAUAUUUUGCCGAAGUUACAAAAACCAUUUGGGAAAUGUUGUGGAUCAAGAUCAAAAUCAAGUAUUGACUGGGCAUGCAAAGCAUCCCAACAUCUUAAAGAAUGUCCUCAUAGUGAUAAGUUUUCAGACGAAACAACAGAAUGUUGUUCUUGUAUAUCUUCCCAACUAAGUUGCGAUGCCGACUCAGAAAAUGAUAUCUGUAAAUGUCCCCAAUCUCCUCCUGUUCUUAAGGAAUCUGUCUACAUUCGUCCAAGAUACUGUCCAAUUUGUAAGAAUGAUGUAUCAUGGUUACCAAGAUUGGCAGCUUGUACAAAAUGUGGUCACAAACCAACCCCUUACACCGUGGACAGGCCAUACAAUGAAAAUUUGACCGCUGAUCAGAUACUAGCAGAAUGGGCAAUCGAUACUCCAAACCAAAACAAUAACACCGAAAAACCCUUUCCCCGUCGGAUUAAUCGUUGCACUUGCAAGAAUGGCAAAAUUUGCGCCUAUUGCAGAAUUCGUAAAAUAUGCAAAGAUGUUUUGAAAACGAAAAAAUGUUGCGCUCCAAAUGACAAAUGCUCAACAGAUAGUGGUGAAAUCCUUGAGCAGAAAUCGGGAAGUAAAAUAUGCAAAUCAACAAGCAGUGCUAUCGAUUGCCGAACGCAUUUGGCACAAGUGUUUUCGGAAAUUCAAGAUCUGUAUAACCUUAAGCCUGUUGGGUUUAAGCGUGAAUUGGAUUGGGAUAAGAAGUGUGAAAAGUCUUUUGAAGAUAAGAAGGUCUCAAAACGUAAGAGGCCACCGACAAUCGGGACUCAAAAGAAAAAUGAAACCACCUCAAAAAAUCCCCUUGUCGAGGCGAAGAGAAAAUUGUGUAGGAAGAAAUUGUAUAACUAUAAGACUGUUCGGAAGUAUCCUGGUAAUGUGAUUGGUCAUGGAACGUGUUUAUCUUCUGGCAAAAUGGUUCCAGGCAAUAUGGGCUGGUUGUGGAACGCUGACACAGAAGGUCUUCGCAGUGGCUGGAAACCUGGGGCUAUUCGCAAGCCAAUCAAAGAAAUCAUGAAGUAUUUUCUAAAAGACUUCCCAGUUGAUAGUUUAAAUGUGUCAAGAUAUUGCAAAAACAAAACGCUCAAGAAGAAAUCUGAGGAUCUUAUUCAGAAACCAACUUUGCAUAUUUGUAAAAAGAAGGAUGCCUACAUUAUAACGAUGCGUCCAAUCAAAGACGCUAAAAUUCUGGCAAAUUGUGCAGAUCCGUAUGUUCCCAUGAAACCUAUUCAAUUCCGCAUUGUUAAAAAUCCUCGAAAAGCUUGUGCGAGGGAGAUUAAAAGACUUCUAAAAGAGAAAUUUGACAAGUGUUGUUGUCGUAAACCGAUUUCUCAUUGUUUUUGUCGAACAUUUUUGGAGAAAAAACGUCUCGAGUUUGAAUUGAGCAAAGUGUGCCAGUUGAAAGGGAUUCCAAACCUUAAGGACUCUCUCGUACUAUCGGACACAUCGGAUUCUGAAGCAGAAUUUGAUUUCGGUGUUACUCCACCGGCAGGUGUAAUAAAGCCCCAACUAAAGAAAAAACCCGAUUUAGCGUGUCGGGAGACUCAAUAUAGUGCUGAUGAUUGGAUUAUAAAACCAGCUUUUCCAAGGCCAUUGAACAAGUUUAUGAAACCGUUCGAUCCGACUGGAGGACGACUCAUUCCAACAGGUCCUCGUUGUCCAAAUGUUUGUGGUAAUACGAGUAGUCGACGUGGUGAAAACACUAGGAAGCUUCCUGUCAGUGGUACGGUUGGUGGCUGGGGAGGUGUUGGUGGUAAUAAUGGUUCGGGUAGAAAAACUGGAGGUGGACCCACAAAUACAAAACCCUUAUUUUGUAAUCUAGCUCGAAGAGGUAUGGCAGAAACAGCCUGUUGCUCUUAUCCAGUAUCAACAAUGCCUAUUUGCUAAAUCGACUUAAAGCGAAAACCUUAUAAGAGUAAACUUUGUAGAUUGAACGCUGCACUAGAAUGUAUUUUAUUUUUGGUUUUAACAAAUUAAAUAAAAUGUCCCUUGAUAUUUGCUCAA